UUAACCCUAAAUUACGAAGUUAACAGACAGACAGAACGGAAAAGUUAGGAAAAAAAUAAAUUUUUUAAUAUAAAAAUGUGUUUAUCAGAUUAAAAUAAAUUAUUUAUAGAAUUAAGCAACAGCACUAAAUUUAUUGAUAAAAAUCUCACAUGAAACGCUAGAACAUGUAAAUAUAAAGAGAAAAUAUUGAUUUUCGUGGCCGUCAACAAAAAGAAAACAACAACAAGACAAGAUUGAAAGAAAAAUAUUUUCUAAUUGGAAUUUGAAGUGAAAACCCUCUUUAAAAAUUAUUAAAUGCAAACUAAAUAUUAACUUUGAACAACAAUAUAUGCAAAAUUGUUUACGUGGCCUGGCCAGUGAAAUAACAAUAAGUGGGAAAUAAAUGAUAAAAAUCCUAUUCGAGGUGUCUGUGACUAAAGCCAAGAACAAAAACAACAACGUUGACAACAGCACAGCGACGACGACGACCACGAAGUUUUGUAGUAGCGGUUCGCAUUCCUCCCCUCCGUGCAACGUCAAGCAGCAUAAACCCGUACCAUUCUUGUUAUUUUCAUACGGUUGGUUGUUAAAAGCUGCCGCAGCGCCAAUACACGAUACGUCAUUUUUCACACCACCAGUUCAGUUCACAGCUAGUCAAUGGUCGUCGAUUGGUUGUUAGCCAGUGGAUGAAGCAGCAGCAGCAAAACAAGGUUCUGUAUUGACGACGAUGAUGAUGUUUUGGUGAUUGGCAACAAAGAAGAAAUAGAAAGAAAAAUCAAAACAAAGAAAUCGAAAACACACGAUUGACAUCUGUUUUGUGUGGUGUUUGGAGAAAGAGUCUCAUCAUCAUUAUCGCCGUCGUAGUAGUUCAGUAAUUUUUUUCCUUCAUCAUGUUUGCCAACAUUAAAAGUCGUUUUUUGGCAACGGUCAUAGCUCCGGAUAUGCCGGCAUUACCCUCCACCAGCCAUGAACAUUUGGUUAGGGGUAGUUCAGCAUAUCAUCAACGUAUGCUACACCAACAGCAGUUACAGGACAAAUUUGCCUACUCCCGCCCACCCUUCCUGCAGCUUUUAACAGCCGAUGAGUUGAAGGCCUCAGCUGAUCACAAUGUGCGACCGAUUAUUGUGCCCCGAGACAUCAGCAUAUUACCGUGGGGCACAGGAUAUGCGGAAUGUGUGAAUUCUGGUAAAUCAGAAUGGAAUGAGGAUCAAGGAGCCUUUUGUCGACAAAUUUUAUCCGAUCCCACCCAUCAAUACCCGGACUUGCCCUACACCUAUUUUGGUAUAUUUGAUGGCCAUGCCGGCUAUGGUGCAGCCUUGGCCGCCUCCCACCAGUUUCAUCACAUUUUACAUGAAAAAUUGGUGGAUUGUAUUGAGCUGUUGUUGCCACGUGAGGGCAUGGAAGACCCAAAAGUAAAUUCUACAUCGCAAUCGGUGAAUUCUUUUCCCCACCCUAGCCAUUUUCAGAGGUCUGUCUCUAAGGAUGAACUUAUUAUGGGUGCCCUGGAGUCGGCGUUUGUACACAUGGAUUCAUUAAUAGCCCAGGACCGUGACCGUUAUCGCGAUGCCGGCGGUUGUACAGCUUGUGUUUCCCUCUUCAUAAAUGGCAAAAUGUAUGUAGCAAAUGCAGGCGACAGUCGAGCUGUAUUGUGCCAGCGCAAGGUGUUGCCCAAAGAAGAGAUGUCUGCCCAGCCCGACGGUUCGGAGGGAGCUUUUCCAGUGCCGUUUUCUUUUGAUCACACACCUGAGACGGAAAGAACACGUCUCCUGGGAGUUGCUCAAUACAAACCACAUUUAAUGGGUAAAUUCUAUACUGCCAUGGAGUAUGCCAAACGCCCACAUGAACGUGAUUUGGGUCAGCGAAUACUAUGCCGGCAGGGUACAAUGAAGGGAUGGACAUAUAAGACAUUGACACGAGAUGAUUUAAAAAUGCCAGUGGUAACAGGAGAGGGUAAGCGUUCACGGCUUUUGGGAACGUUGGGUGUAACCAGAGGAUUUGGUGAUCAUGAUUUAUUGGCCAUUGCCACGGGAACACUGAUAAAACCAUUCCUUACUGCACAGCCAGAAGUUUUGUUUAGAGAUCUCACAAAAAUUGUAACCAUUCCAGAAGAACAAAACGAAGAUGGUGAUUACGGCAUUUUGGUUAUGGCCACUGAUGGCCUAUGGGACGUUUCCGAAAAUGAAGCUGUGGCUCGCACGGUUUUCCAAACUCUACACAAAUAUCCAACCGAAAAACAUCGCUAUACAAUGGUUGCUCAAGAAUUGGUGGCAAAGGCACGUGGCAAAAUCAAUGAUUAUGGCCACUGGCGUUUGGCCGAUAGCAAAGCAGCAGCCACGGUUGAUGAUAUAUCUGUGAUUGUGAUACCCGUCUAUCAGUAUUAUAAGGAACACAUAGAAUGGGAACAAAAAUGCUUAAGAGAAUAUCGCGAACGUUUGGAACGUGAGAGAACCGCUGCAGCACAAGCCGUCGAAGCCAAGGAGGACAGCACAUCAACGAAUGAACAAAUUACAAGUUUGGUAAACGGUAUAAAAGAAAUGGCCCAAGUUGAAAUAGAACCGGUACUUAAUGAGGAGGAUAAUGAAAAAGAAAGUGCUGCUGUGACCCAGGGCACAGUUGGAAAAAUACAAAGUUUCAUAGAAAAAGAACAACAAAGCACAAUAGAAAAUCAGACAACAAAGGCUGUGGAACUAGACAAAGACGAUAAGCAUCAGCCAGAAGAAGAAUCAACAACGGUGGAGGCGACGAAUGACAGUACACCAGAGAACAAAGAGGAAAAGCAACAGAAGAUUAACAAUAAUAAUGAAUCAACACAAGAUCAAGGAGAUACCUCCUCACCAGAGAAGAACGUCACGUCGCCAUCAAAAUCAAAGCAACGUAAAAAUCAACGUAAAGAUAAGCGUUAAAAAUAUAAAUUCAUUGCGAAAAAAUAAACCAUUAGAAGUUAAAUAUUAGUUUAGCCGUGUAGACCAACAAAGAUUAUAUUCAUACAUAACGCAAGGACAGCAAAGUGGUUUUUUCAAAGUGCCGUCAAUAAAUGAUACUAUUUAAACUAUUAAUUAUUUAAACCUUUUGUGUUUCUAUGUACAUUUAUUUUGCCUUUGUAUUUUUAUUUUAGCCAUUACAACUAUUAUUAUUAAUUAUUAUUAGCCUAUAUAAAAUGUAAUAUGUUUAAAUUAUCAAAGGACUUCUUGACUUUCCAUGAUAACGCAAACUAAUGACUACAAACAAAUAGCAAAUUCCAGUUUUAAAAAUAAUACUAGCUACCAUAAUUUAUAUAUAUUUUUUAUUAAUUUAUUGCAAGAGAAAAUGAUAAACCACACAAAACUUUUCCAUAAAAAAAUUAAUAUUGCGGUUUUCAUUUUGAAAAAGAAAA